AUGGCCGUCCGACACAUCUCCGCGCUUCCAUUUCUGUCGCCAUUCACAUCCCCCGUCCUGCGACAGUCACGACAAUGGAGCAAUCUAUACCAGCGAGCCGUUUUGCUCCAGGGCUUACCACUCCUCAGUGGAUACAUCGCCAAUGAAAUCCCCUCGUUCCUAGCCGGCCUCUGGGAAUCAGUUCUCCGCGCCGUCCCCAAAAAGAAGACCUCCCACAUGAAGAAACGACACCGACAAAUGGCCGGCAAGGCAUUAAAGGAUGUGAAGAGCUUGACUAAAUGCCCCGGCUGUGGAGAGCCGAAGAAAUCGCAUGUUCUAUGCCCUGAGUGUGUUAAAGACAUCAAGGGUCAAUGGGCGCAGGCCGCAAUCGACAAACAGAAAUCCAAACAGUAUCUUUCGUGGGGCUCCGCGGACAACGCCCACUCCGUUGAUAUUUUUUCCCUGGCUGUGACUUCCAACCAAAUCAUUUCAGCUUCAGGAGCAUCCGCGCUCAAGAUACACUCUACUAAGGAUACAGAUUUCCCGCUUACUCAAACAAUCGAAGCGGCCCACAAGAUUGGAUGCCAUCAUGUCGUCACAUCAAGGAAUGGUCUGAAAGCUGCCAGCAUUGGCUUCGGGGGCGAGUUCAAGAUCUGGAAUAACAAUAACGGCGAAUGGUCUGAGGAGUCAGCUUUAUCGAACGAAAUAAAAGAGCCAGACACGUGGGCGAUCUGUCUAUCAGAAGAUGGGCGAUAUCUUGCAGGCACAACAAACAAUGGCCAUAUCAAGGUCUGGGACCUAAGCAACGGCGAGCAGUUCAGAGACUACGAGACUAAGGGAGCCUUUGGUGCUUGUAUUGAUAUGUCAGGCGAUGGAAAGUACAUUGCAAGUGGUCACCAGAACGGGAGUAUUUACAUGUUUAGCAACGAAACCGGUCGUAUGCCAUUCUCAUUAUCUGGUCUUAUUAAGCCAGUUCGCGCAGUGGCUUUCUCACCGGGUGGAAAGUUACUUGCAGCAGCCGGAGAUUCCAAAGUCAUUGUGCUCUAUGACACAGAGUCGGGGGAACAAGUGACUCAACUGACCGGGCACUCGGCAUGGAUUCUAUCACUGGACUGGAGUCACACUGGAGAGUAUCUGCUAAGCGGAUCGUUCGAUGGCAAAGUGAAAGUAUGGUCGAUUGAACGCAGAACAUGUGUUGCGACCCAUUCAGAGAACGACAAGGCCGUAUGGAGUGUGAAAUGGUUGCCCAAGAUAGGCAGAACGGAAGGCUUCGCGACUGCUGGUGCUUCUCGCAGUAUAUCCUUCUACAGAGAAGCUACAGGCGGUUAG